UGUAGAAACAGCAGGUUGGGGGACAGCGUAAACGAGAUGUGAUGGUCGGUUGGUUCCUGUGUAUCUCCCGCUCUUUUAGAAGUGUCUUCUGAAGAGCUUUUUCCACGUCUUAUCAGCUCUUCGGUUAUUCCGGGAGCUCCUGUGCCAGAGUGAGGCCAUGUAUGGAGACAGGAAAAGCACCGUUUAGACCCACAAUGCACCGGGGCAUGGGUUAAAUCAGACCCGCAAAGUUCUCCAGCUCCAACAGUCCAGCUUCUGGUUCAUCCAGUACAAUGACCUCCCUGACCAGCUGCUCUUCCUCUCGCUCGUCCUCAUCCUCGUUCCGUUCUUCAGCGAGGUACAGCUGCAGCAGUGUCACGUCCAUCCAAACAGAAGCUUCCUCUCCUCCUCCAGAUCCCCUCUUCAUGCCUUUCUUGGAUCAGAGAGUGACGGCGCUUUUUGGGGGUCACGAACGCGACUCGGAGUCGUUCAUGAGCGAGAGAGAAACGUUCGGAGGUUGCCAGGGAGACAGGAAAUCCCACACGGGGGGUUACCAAGGUGACUGGAGGCAUGGAGACACACACGGAGCAAUCUGGGUGGACGAUCAUUAUUACAUGUCAGCGGACGUCAGUCGAUUUGAGCCGCAUGAUAUAGUGGUGAUGGCCUUCAACAGCAGCGUCGUCAUUCACGCUGAGAAAGUUGGAGACGAUGGCUGUGUCACAGACAAAUUUACCCACAAGUCUUCGCUGCCAGAGGACAUGGACCCUCUGUCUGUAAGCGGGACUCUGACGGCGGAGGGUGUGCUCGUGAUCAGCGUGAAAAGCACGUCCAGAUCCCAGUCACGUCCCUGACCUUCUGACUCGCCUCUGACUUCUGGCCACCACAAAAAUACAAACAACACAAUGUCAAGAAGGAAAAAGAAAAGAUAAGCAAAUAAACAAACAAACAAAAAAACAAAAAAAAACAGAUACAGUGCAACACAGUGCUAAGAAAUGUUUGAAUCAACAUGGUGUACUACUGUAUUAGCACAGCUAGCAUUAGCACUGUGAAAAUCUAUCUAUAUUAAGUUGUGUUAAUGAUUAAAUGAAUGCAUUACUUAUUCGGCACAGGCUAGUUUUCAGUAGCGCUUAGCAUGCUCACUUAUCAGUUCCAAAAGUAGCCUUCUUAUAUUUUUUGCUUCAUCCGAAAAUUAGUUUUUGGAUGAUAUUUAAAAUAUAGCCCAAAUUAGCUGCAUGUAACGUACAAUUAGCAUGUUCUCCAUUAGUGAUUACUGACUUCCUGGUUUUAAAAGGUAAUGUAACCACAAAUCUACAUGUGUUAUUUAUAGUUUAAGUGAAAUAAACUUUACAAAAACAUGCUAACAAUGCUAAAGAUGGAUUUAAGCUAGCAGCGAUCACGUAGCUCAGUUAGCACAGCUAACUUGAUGCACAUGAAGUAAUGCUGACUUUGUAACUACAGAUAUUGUACAGAUGUUCGCUAACUCCUGACUGGAUUUAAAAGGAAAUGGAUUUAUUCCACUGAAUAAGUGAUUUUUACCCAAAACAUGCUAACAAUGCUAAUGAUGGGUUUUCGCUAGCAGAGAGCAAGUUAGCGGAGUUAGCGUACGUAGCAUGAUGCAAACGAAGGCAUGCGGAGUAACUGUAGCUAUUCUAACCAUGUUGUUAGCUAUCAUACAACACACAAUUGAAUGUUUUGUACUUUUAUACUAUGAAGAAAUAUGAAACAAAUAUUA